GCGAUACUUUGUGAAAGACAAGCCCACUCCCACUUACCAACGCAACUAUGCAGCUUUGAGAGUCGAGGUGUUGCGCGGGCAAUGUGCACUCCCGCUUGUUGUUCUCAGCCGCGUCGUCCUCUCCAGACAUGCUAUAACUUUGGACAUGAUGCUAGCUUGAAUUUUGUGCCGUCGCGGACAGCUGAGCGUUGGGCUGGACUGGGGCAGCUGGAGCGCAGCACGGCCACUCCUGAACACGCGCCUCGCCUGCCAGCAAGUGGGCUGAGGAGCUAAGCUCAAUGGCGACACAACCAGCCGCAUGCCUUGCCGUGCUGACGGCGCUUCUGGUUUUGCACGUGCACGUCACUGCGCGUGCAGCGGAGGGCCCUGUCGAGCAAAAGGAGCAGCAAGGCGCUUGGGGAGGCGCUCACAGCGCAAGCGACCGGGUAGCGCGACAAGACAAGGGCCAAGGGAUGGCUGCCCACGCAACAAAAACAGUAGCUCCGGAUAAGUGGCAUCUCACUGUAGCAGCAAAGGUGCCUGCAGCAGGAGAGCUACGGGGCAGGGGCAGGAGUAUCCAGAAGAGCAGCCGGAAGGGCCGUGGGAAACGCGGCGGCACGAAGGUUGCAAGCGCUAGCAGUAAGAGACCGGGUGCCGGCAAUGGCAGCGGCGGCGGCGGGGUACAGCAGGUGAUGCUGGAUGAGUACGACUGGCGGGAGACGGAGCAGAGCAUGGAAGAUUUGCUCGAGCCGGCGCUGGGGCCCGAGGUGCGCUACUGGCGGGGGCGGCCCUCGCCGGUCAGCUGCGAUGACGUGGCGGCGGAGGUGGUGCGGCUGCACGCCAAGAGCCUGGUGUACAUCCGCGCAGUCCUGGUCCGCAACAACCAGUGGUACUUCCUGGACCCGGGAGAAGACGUCGGGCCGGCGCGCAAAAAGCCGGCGGCAGUCGCAGGCAGCCGCUGGCCGCUGCUGCGCGCCACCCAACGCUGCUCCCACUACUGCCACUACCAGAUGUCGUCGCUGUGGCUGGGCAUCAAGCAGCUGUUGGACGCGGCGCGCGCCAACACGUCGGCGGCGGCGGCGUACGGCCUGCCUGACAUGGUGUUUGUGCUGAACGUGGCAGACAACUCCGCAAGCGACCAGCACUACGGCCGUCGCGCGCGGGCCCCUCUCCUGUCACUCCUGAAAAAGUGGGAUGAGCCAUGGUGGCAGGCCUCCGCUGCUGCUGCUGCCUCCGACGGCGGUGAAGGCGUCACAGCGGCGGCUGGGUCCCUGGGUCGGCUGCCGGGCGGCGGGUUGCUGCAGCCCAUGCAGUUGCCGUCACGUGUGAAGGAGCAGGUGGCGGCACUGGCGCACCCAGCUGAGCGCGGCGGUGCUGCCCACACGGCGGCGGGCAGCAGCAGCAGCAGCAUGGCGCUGCCGCUGCUGGAAGUGCAGGCUGGAACGGCCGUGGAGAGUGCGGCUUGGGAGGAGGCUCGGGGCUCAGAGGACCCUCUGCGGGAGUUGGUGCGCAGGUUCGUGGCGCGCAUGCCGCCGGCAUCAGCAGCGCCGGCAGCCGACAUGGACAUUGAUGAAGGCGUCAAGUCCAGGCACAGGAAGCCGACCGGCAACGACGAGGAAAUGGACCUGCUGCUGCCGGUUAUGCACUACAGCGCACAGAGCCUCAGCUUCUUCCCGUGGCACAACAAGACGGACAAGGCCCUUUUCAGCGGCUCGGCUUUCCGGGAGAAGUACAAGACCUCCCACUCGCCGCUCAACGUGCGGCCGUAUGUGGGCCAGCUGGCGGCACAGUACCCUGACGAACUGGAUGUGCGACUGCGCCAGCUAUCGCGGAAGGCCACGGCGCCCUCGGUGCCCAUCCCCGAGCACGCUCGCUACCGCUGGCUGCUGUCCAUGGAUGGCGUGUCGGCGUCCUCCCGCCUGGGGCUGCUCAUGGGGCUGGACUCGGUGCUGCUCAAGAGCAGGAGUCCCUAUAUUGAGUACUACAGCCGGUUGCAGGUGCCCGGAGUGCAUCACCUGGAGUUCUGGACAGACCCCACCAACCCAGACGACCUGCUGAGUGUGCUGGCGGAGGCACGCGCAACGGCCCGAGACGACCCCGCCGCGGUGCAAGCGGCCGUGCAGGCCAACCAGGCGAUAGCUGCUAGAUACAACGCCCACCUGCCGCGCCAGGUUUAUGCCCGUGCGGCAUUAUUGACGUACCGCGAGCUGGUGACGGGGAUGGACGAGUGCGUGAAGGACCUGCUUGCACACAUGAAGCGAACAGGGCAUGGCCUGGAAUGAUGCAUCGCGCGUACCGUAUGUGGGGUGCCGGGCGGCGGCAUGACUGCGAAUGAGCGGUGAGAGCAGGUAGACGAUGCCAGUAAUCUUGUUUGCCGAGUGAAGGUGAAUCACUGCAAUGUAUGGACGAUAACGCGAGGUUUCCGCGCGACGAGAGAAUAGGAUGCGACAGGAUCAGACGGGAAAGAGCGGCUCAUGGUAGGCGGGGGCCGAGGUCCUGGCCCAGGUGGCCAUG